UUAAGGCCACUUCGCCAGAUGGUGCUGCCUUUUCUUUUGUUUACCCAUCGUCUCUGAGUUUACCUAACCGACCUUAGUUACUCAACAAUGGGAACAGCCCGUGCAGCAUCACCGUCGCACGAUGACAAGUAAUGUGCUUGUGGGCUGGAAGAGCGAAUGACACCAGGAUGGGACGGCUAGCGAUACUGUGCCAGAGCUGAGGCCUCACUCUCACCCGCCUGCUGCUCAUUUUUCCUAACCACUCGAUAGCAGACAAGGCAAGAUCUGGAUAUUCCCUGUGUUCCUGCUUGAGCAGAGCCUAGGGACGUAUAAUGAUUAACUGAAACGUACAGAGUUGAUGGACACCAGAAAAUUACCUGACACGAUGUUCAGGCAAGGAGAUGCAUCGUCCAAGAGGCGCCCGUGUGUUGGGAGUGGGCUGACGUUGCCCCAGCCUCCUCCAGUCUCCUCCUCCGUCCAGCAGGGCCGUAUCCGUGCUGUGGAAGUGGCAAGAGGGAGAUCGGGGUAUGGCUUCACACUGUCAGGCCACAGCCCAUGUCUCCUCAGCUGCAUCCUGAAAGGAAGCCCUGCAGACUAUGUGGGCUUGCGCUCUGGAGAUCACAUCCUCUCUGUCAAUGACAUCAACGUCUCUAAGGCGUCACACGAGGAUGUGGUGAAACUGAUUGGACGCUGCUCUGGCGUUUUAAAACUGGUCAUCGCCGAGGUAGAACGUCCCAGGCGACACCAUCACCACCACCACCACAGUCGCCAUCACAGCAGCAACACAAUGGCAACGUCUCACCUGGACUCGUGCUCUAGCGAUGAUGAGUUGGACGGUUUCUAUGACAACAGUGCCAACAACAACAAUAACAGUAGGUCAGGUGGUGGAGCUCGUGGAGGUUGGUACAAACCCAAACUGGACUCUAAGCAGCUGGGCAUCAACAGGGCAGAGAGGGUGGUCGCCGAGCUGCAGUCUGGAGGAAUUUUUAACAUGAUCUUUGAGAACUCCAGCCACUCAUCCAGUAGCUCAGACAAGGAGAGGCCCAGAGUGAGCUCAUCAUCCAAGCCCCGUCCGUUGUCUGAUCCAGAGUUCCCACCAUAUCGCAACUCCUCCCGUUCUCAAAGCAAUCCCAACUUACUCUCUGAGGAGGAGAUGGCCCAAGUUCUGAAUGACGAUUCGGUCUUCCUGGACUCAGACUUCCGUCACCUCAACCUUCAGUCGCACGAAGAGCAGGAUGUGGAUGUAGGAGAUGGGGGCGACUUAAUCCUAGAGCCUGGCGACGGCAUCCUCAAUGUGGGCAUGAUUGUCGGCUACCUGGGCUCCAUUGAGCUGGCCUCCUCUGGGACAAGUCUGGAGAACGACAGCCUGCAAGCAAUCAGAGGCAGCAUGAGACGCCUCAGGGCAGAGCAGAAGAUUCAUUCAUUGGUUCUCAUGAAGGUCAUGCACGACAGUGUGCGCCUGUGCAGCGACAGAGGUCAGGUCCUGGCCACCUAUCCUGCCGAAAAACUAGCCUUCAGCGCCUGCUGCCCUGACGACCGCCGAUUCUUCGGCCUGGUGACGAUGCAGGCCACGGACGACCAUGACGAUCGUCGCUUGAUCAACGGACGGGACGACGAGGGCAGUUUGAGGACUUCCUGUCAUGUGUUCAUUGUGGACCCAGACCUCUGUCUCCACCAGGUCCACUUAGGUGUAGCCAGGAGAUUUGGUUUUGAGUGCACUCCUGACCCAGACACAGGGGGCUGCCUGGAAUUCCCUCCCAGUUCUCAGCCCCUCCUCCAGUUUGUCUCCGUUCUCUACCGGGACAUGGGCGACAACAUCGAGGGGGUACGAGCUCGGGCCUUCCAUGAUCCUGACAACGAUGCCCAACAGAACCACAGCACCAGCAGCAACAGCGACAGCGGGAUUGGCAACUUUUUACCAGAAGAGAAGAGCAACAGAGUGCUUUUAGUAGACCUCGGUGGUCCUCCUAAUCACAACCACAUCUCUGGACCACGCCACUGGGACAGUCCACCCUCCUCCCAGCAGGCCUGGAGUCCCACGCUGGGGGCCGCAGCCCCUCUCCCACCUCCUCCCCCUCCUCCUCCGCCAGCUCUGAGAAACGGCCACUAUCGUCAUGAUCCACACCUGGCUGACCUUCCUCACCCCCUCCCCUUGCAUCACACUGACGUCCCCGGCAGGCACUCGCGAGGGGUCCACCCUCACCACUACCCACCAACGAAACGGGGUGGAGCUGUGGGGGGAGGAGAAAAGAGAGGGGCUGGAGGAGCAGCAGGGGUGGAGCCGCAGCGGUGGCUGCCAGUCCAUGUACUGAGGGACUGGCGUCAGCAGCACCACCACCACAGCCACCUGCAGGGCCUGAGCAGCGAUCAGGAGUCAUAUGCUGAAUCCACUGACGGAUGGUCAUCAGCCAACUGCAGCACCUUGCCCCCACCCAUGAAUAAGAUCCCGGCUGAUCGAUACCGGGCGCCACUAGCCCCCGGAGACCGCCUGCCACCACCUGGAGGCAGCCAGCCGCCGCCGCCGCCGCCGCCGCCUCCUUCACAUCCCCAAUCCCACACCCACCGGCUGGCCGUUCAGAAAGAUGAGUGGGCCAAAAAGCUGUUUGGUGCUGGAGACAAGGAGCGGCCUGGUGCGGAGAGAAGUGUGAGAGAGAAGAAACGAGGGAAUGCAAAGGAGGGAGAGAAAAAGGGUGGUCGGUUCCGUGGAUUGACAAUGGGUUUCCCUCCUCUCCCCCAGCGCUCGUCAGCCAGGCGCUCCUUUGGACGCUCUAAACGACUGAGCCUGGCCCGCUCCCUGGACGACCUCGAGUCGGCCGCAGUCUCCGAUGGAGAGCUGAACAGCGUGGAGCUGCAGGGCUGCAGCAGCGACAACAGUCUGAACAGUAACGCCAGCCUGCCCAGUGUCCAGAGCCACCGGCGCCACACAGAGAGGAGAGUGGCCAGCUGGGCCGUCUGCUUCGAGAGGCUGCUGCAGGAUCCAGUGGGAGUCCGCUACUUCUCGGAGUUCUUAAAGAAGGAGUUCAGCGAGGAGAAUAUCCUGUUUUGGCAGGCCUGUGAGUUCUUCAGCCACAUCCCGGAGAAUGACAAGAAGCAGCUCUCUCAGCGUGCCAGGGAGAUCUAUAACAGCUUCCUGUCCAGUAAAGCCACGACACCGGUCAACAUAGACAGUCAGGCUCAGCUCGCCGAUGACAUCCUCAACGCUCCCCGACCUGACAUGUUCAAGGAGCAGCAACUGCAGAUCUUUAACCUGAUGAAGUUUGACAGCUACACCCGCUUCCUCAAGUCUUUGCUGUACCAGGAGUGUAUGCUGGCGGAGGUGGAGGGCAGGCCUCUGCCUGACCCUUACCACAUCCCCAGCAGUCCCACCUCCAAGCACAGCACCACCGGCUCCGACCGCUCCAACCUCUCUACGCCCAAGAAGGAGGACAAAAAGAGCAAAUCUGGUCGGUCUUUGAAUGACGACAGCAGGGACGACUCGGGGGACCGGAGGAAAGGCAUGUUCUUCUCCUGGUCCCGCAACAGGAGCUUCGGCAAAGGCCCCAAGAAGCGGGAGUUGGCUGACUUCAACUACAAUUUCUCUGGCAGUAAUGGUCGGCGUGAAUCACAGGGUUCCUUGUCAUCGGGAGCCAGUCUGGAGCUGGGGCCAGCAGGAUCGGUGAGGAAUGAGGGUGAUGUUUCCCGAGGUGCAGUAACAGUGUCAGCUGAGCGCGCGGGAGGCAGCGCCCCCUUGAGGCAGUGUAACAUAAGCUUGCCGGACGGCUCAUGUUGUCCCGUGCCGCUGAGGUCUGGCGUGUCCAUCAGGGACCUACUCCUGGGCCUUUGUGAGAAGCUCUGCAUCAACUUGGCAGCUAUAGACCUGUUUCUGGUUGGAGGGGAGAAGCCACUUGUUUUGGACCAAGACUGUAUGACAUUAUGCUCUCGGGACCUCAGACUAGAAAAACGCACACUCUUCAGACUCGACUUAGUCCCUAUCAACCGGUCUGUGGGCCUGAAAGCCAAACCCACCAAGCCAGUGACGGAAGUCCUCAGGCCUGUGGUUGCCAAAUACGGCCUGCACCUCUCUGACCUGGUAGCACGCAUCAGUGGGGAGUCAGAACCUUUAGAUUUAGGUCUUCCUAUAUCCAACCUGGACGGGCUGCGUGUGGUGUUAGAUUCAGCAGAACACACUCCUGGAAAGGUGGACAAACAGAAAGUCGGUCCUUCUAAGAAUCUCUUCUCAGCCUCGACAAGUAGAAACCAGUCGACAACAGGGGAGGACAGGUCAUCAGGGAAAACAGGUUCAGCCCACCCCCGUGGGGAAAAUGGCAAGGCCAGGCAAGGCCCUGACCCAAGAGGCCUGGUCUUACCCAACCACUCUGUCUCUCCGCACAAGGCUCCGGAAAAAAGAAAGCAGAAAAAGAUUAAUAUAGACGAAGCUGAAGAAUUCUUCGACCUCAUUUCCAAAGCUCAGAGCAACCGAGCAGACGACCAGAGAGGCCUGCUAAACAAAAGCGACCUGCAGCUUCCAGACUUUCUGCGCCUGUCGCCAGUGGCAACUAACCAGGCUGCACCUCCUCCCUAUGAACCCGACCCCAGUUGCUCCACCCCUAAUUCCCGUCACCCAAACAACGGCAGCUUCCCUAGCAGCGGUCGCCGGGGCAAUAAGACAAACGUCAAUGACCGAGGAGGAGGCGGCGGCGGCGGCGGCGGCGGUGGCGGCACCCACUUGCUCAGCGCGAGCCAUCAGUCCCAGAGUUUGGACUCUGCACUGGGCACUGAGAGCGGACGGGGGAGGAAAUCCAGACCGCUCCCACCGUUCCCUGGCACCGUCUCCCCCAUCCACCCCCAGUCUAGCAGGGGAGAACCGGUCCAGAUGCCGGAGGAGGACACACUGUCUGAUCUGACUCUGGUAGGAGAGGGGGACAUCAACAGUCCCAGCCUCAACUACGUCACUCCCUCAGCCCUUCCCUGCAAACCCCGACCCCAACAGAAAGCGCAGGACGGUCGGCCGAGCUCAGGUACCUUUCCCGUGUGAAACCUUUGAACUUUCUCCUCUGCCCUUCACCUGACUGCAAGUGGGUUUGGAGAGCGACCCCCCCCCUGAAGUCAGUCUGAAGAUCCUUGUGGGCCACUCGUCUGUCUGUGGCUGAAUGCAUCCACAUCUCCUCUGUUGCCUCAUCAGUGCCACAACAUUCACUUCACCACGUCACAUAUUUCUAAAUAGUGUAAAUAUACAAUAACUAAUGUAAAAAAAAUACCAUACAACAACAAAAAUAAUAAUAAUAAAAAAACAACAAGUGUUCAUAUAACUUAUCAUUGGAUAUAGUGAUAUAUCAGUGGAUAUACAGUAUAGUUGUUAAUAUUGUAACAUGUGCCAGCGUGUACUGUGACACAGAGUGAGAGAAGAGGAAAAAUGGAUGCAUGAGGUUUGAAGAGAGUUUUUUUGAAUUUCCCCGCGUGGUGUGUAUCUGUGUGAACUCUCGAGAGGACUUGCUGUGGAUUUGUCUUUGGAGGCGUGAACCGAACGGACAAGCUCAGGAUGAAAGUGGUGAUGACCAGUGCCAAACAACCCCCCCCCCCACUCCCACCCCUCCUGUGUACAGAAUCUGUCAAUGCACUUUAGCCAAUUCCAUUCAUCAUGUUCAUAAGAUUGGUAUCCAAUUUAAAAAUCAAAUAAAAUUUGAUUUGAAUUCAGUCACUUAAGUAAACCCCCUCAGGAGGUCGGUUUCCAUGCAGCAGGUGGUUUAGUAAAACGCUAAAAUGACGUCUGCUUCUCUUCCGUCGUGUGUGAUGGAGGCUACAGUGCUGCUCCUGCCAGUGGAUCGUCGUGUGUUUAUUUACAACUCAUUAAUGAUGUUUUUGAGCUCACCGCACACACACACGCUGACACACUGGGGCCCGGGGCCCAUAAAUACAAGCAGGAACACAGCGUUUAUUGCUCAGCUGUUGUUUAUCAUAUCAAACACAGGACAUUCUGUGUUUGCACCUCUGUUUCUCUAUAGACUAUAAAUAAACACACACACACACACAGUUCACGCUUGCUCUGUGAAGAAACAAACAUCUGCACCCAGGAGUACAUGUACAACUUGUCUUCAUCUUUUCCAUAUUCCUUGCUUUCUUGCCACAUUCCAGCAGUUUUGUUUUUAGCCGAGGAAUUGGACGCACCGAGUCGGAACUGUUUCAAGUUUUAAACAAGAAAAAGGUUUUUACUGUUACUUUAAUCUGUGCUAUUCUUCUCAAGAGAACAUUAAUUUAUCCCACGUCCUUUCCAUUUUUACGCUCAGUUAAAAAGUAUUAACUUUUGUACAUAGUCCACGUUGUGGAAACGGCCGCCGUCGUUGUUGUAGUCGUUUUGUGAAAUUUCAGUUGUGUCACAGUAGAAAUGAAUUCUCCUCUGUUCAGUUGACUGUACUGUCUGUAAAUAGAUCAAAUAAAUGUUUCAGAGAUAUAACUCGCGCCCUAGA